AUGUCUUCCAUCGAAUCCAAUCGCCACUCCAUUCUUCGGUUGCCCAUAAACAUUCAACAUAUGACGAGCGAAUCCAUGAGUGAUUUGAAUAAUAGUCAAAUCAUUCAAGCGCCCGAAUCCCGCUUGCAUCGGAGACCGAACACCGGCAGUUCCGAAGACCAAACGAGACGUCAUCCGAGCUUUCAGACCCUCUUCAUUCAUAUCAUCGACCAGUUUUUGAAUUUCGCCACGUGUCGUUUCAUUCUUAUCCCAGUUCAGCCAGUUGGCGACUUGUUCGUUAAGAGUUGGACACGCGAUCGGCAUUUCUAG